AUGGCGUCAGAAUCCCGCAAACCCAUUCUCAUAUCCGGUUCAGGUCUCGCUUCCUUACUUUUAGCUCAGUCCCUUCGUCAAGCGAAUAUCCCAUUCUUAAUAUUCGAGCGUGAUGCCUCCAUCUCCUUUCGCGCCCAGGGAUACCGUUUACGUCUCUCAGCCGAAGGCCUAGAAGCCAUAGAGUCUGUACUUAGCCCAGAAACAUGGAAGAUGUUCUGGGACAAAUGCGGCAAGACUGGAGGAAUGGGUUUUGCGGCCCUGGAUGCAAUCACUGGAGAAGAUAUCACCAACGAACCGGAGAAGCCAACAUACAAGCCAGAAAAGCCUUCGGAUCCGGAAUCAAAAAACCAACCACUCGCUCUUGCUUCACGUGACGGGAAAAUAGUAGGAAUUGCACGAGGAGAUAUGCGUAAAGUCUUUCUCGAUGGCUGUGAGCCUUAUAUGCACUGGUCACAUAACGUGACCGGAUACGAACUGACAGAUUCUGGUGUUCGCGCUAUCUUUGCGGACGGAUCGAAAUCUGUGGAAGGCGAUAUGUUGGUUGGUGGGGAGGGAAUCUACUCAAAAGUGGCAAAACAAGUAUCUGAUGGCAAGAUAAAGACCUAUGAUACGGGUGCUCGAGGUAUUCAUGGUCAAGCCUCUACUACGGCAUUCAAAGGCCUAGGUGAAGGUGUUUGGAGAAUAGCAGACGAGAGCAAUCCCAAAGGAAGGGUAUUCGCGAUCACCAACCUGCGGCCAGAUGAAAUGAACGAUCCGAAUAUAAAUUUUGGAUGGACAAUGGGAGGCCAGCCCGGCGUUAUCCAAGCUCCUAACGACAAUUACUCGAUCGUCGGUGUUGAGGCAGCCAAGAUAGCAAAAGAGUUAACCAAAAAUUGGCAUCCUCGAGUAAGACCGCUCUUUACGGAGAUGGUUGAAAGUGAAGCUGCGUUCUGGAAGAUCACUUGUUCGACACCAACUGGCGUACCUGAAUGGAAGAAUGAGCCACGAGUAACGGUCAUUGGAGAUGCCGCACACAGCAUGACCCCAGCAGGCGGGAUUGGAGCAAAUACUGCUGUCAGAGACUCUGCAUUACUAGGCAGAUUACUGACAGAAGCAGGUGGAUGGAAAGAGGGAGUGACUGCGGCUUACGAAAAGGAAAUGAGGGUGUAUGCUAGUGAGGCGGUGAAAGGCAGCUAUGGUAUGGCAACGAAGCAGUUCGGUGUCGUGAUUGACGAGAACUCACCAACAGUUUGA